UUCGGCUGCAUGGUCUACUGUGUAACGCGCGCGCACGUUCUGGCGUAAUGCGUUGAUAAACGGAAUGUACGCAGACAUAUUGGAAAGUAAUAUCACGCACUUAGUAUCGUCGCCUUUGUUAGCAUUCAUGUAAGUUACCAUCCACUCGCUACAGUCGCUCUCCAUCCUACGGCUAAAUCAACAGCCGUGAUUUUUACUAUGUCGCCGUCCAUCCGUACGCGGUGACAGUUGUAAGCUUUACAGUAACGUGACAUGCUCCACAAGCAGUUACGGUGUGUGGACGAUGCCUAUCAUGGCAACGCUUGUUCUUUAUCGCUUCUCGGCCUAAUGGCUAAGAUCAAGUGUAGUAUCUGUUCUUAUCAGUUUAAUAUCUGGUAGGCCAUUCUCUGAAUGGUCAGUAUAUUAAUCUGAUUUUUGGCCUUGGGUCAUGGAGGUGGAUUCAUUCACGCCGUGACCACGGGUUGCCUUGGUGUUGCACUAUUACCGAUGGCGGCCCACAUAAGCAAUAAAAGAAUAAUAGCAGUCCUCUUUCCGACGGCACUCUGCAUAGUCUACGGCGGGAACAAAACGCGUACACUGGGGGAGAAUACAGCCUAUGCCCCGCGACACGGCAGUUUAUAACACACUCAAGCCACAAGCAUUAACAAACUUUGAAGGGUACCCUCAUGCUACGGUGCAGUUCCAACUCAUACUUACCUGACGGGGAAGUAAAGACUGAUCAAUGAGGGUUUUCUUCCAGAGUGAGGCUCUUGCAUUGCACUACGCUUGGGCUGACCUCUGCGAUUACUGCAAACGUCAGUAACUCGACCGUACAAUUUCUGGUAGUGGGGGCCUGCGUCCGCGCUCGCCCCCUCCUUAAGUCAAAAUGAAUGAGCUUAGAAAAGUUGCGCGGCCAAAUGUCGGUGGUGACUUAAACGCUAAGGUAAAACCUCGCUUGGCUGUUACGAAACGUGAUUGCGAUAUAAGUCCUCGGAAGGCGGCGGAAUUUUAUUUUAUUUGCCAUUCCGUCAGGUUUAUUGCCGAUCAUCCAAUAACCCUGACGGAAUGGCAAAUAAAAUAAAAUUCCGCCGCCUUCCGAGGACUUAUAUCGCAAUCACGUUUCGUAACAGCCAAGCGAGGUUUUACCUUAGCGUUUAAGUCACCACCGACAUUUGGCCGCGCAACUUUUCUAAGCUCAUUCAUUUUGAAUUAAGGAGGGGGCGAGCGCGGACGCAGGCCCCCACUACCAGAAAUUGUACGGUCGAGUUACUGACGUUUGCAGUAAUCGCAGAGGUCAGCCCAAGCGUAGUGCAAUGCAAGAGCCUCACUCUGGAAGAAAACCCUCAUUGAUCAGUCUUUACUUCCCCGUCAGGUAAGUAUGAGUUGGAACUGCACCGUAGCAUGAGGGUACCCUUCAAAGUUUGUUAAUGCUUGUGGCUUGAGUGUGUUAUAAACUGCCGUGUCGCGGGGCAUAGGCUGUAUUCUCCCCCAGUGUACGCGUUUUGUUCCCGCCGUAGACUAUGCAGAGUGCCGUCGGAAAGAGGACUGCUAUUAUUCUUUUAUUGCUUAUGUGGGCCGCCAUCGGUAAUAGUGCAACACCAAGGCAACCCGUGGUCACGGCGUGAAUGAAUCCACCUCCAUGACCCAAGGCCAAAAAUCAGAUUAAUAUACUGACCAUUCAGAGAAUGGCCUACCAGAUAUUAAACUGAUAAGAACAGAUACUACACUUGAUCUUAGCCAUUAGGCCGAGAAGCGAUAAAGAACAAGCGUUGCCAUGAUAGGCAUCGUCCACACACCGUAACUGCUUGUGGAGCAUGUCACGUUACUGUAAAGCUUACAACUGUCACCGCGUACGGAUGGACGGCGACAUAGUAAAAAUCACGGCUGUUGAUUUAGCCGUAGGAUGGAGAGCGACUGUAGCGAGUGGAUGGUAACUUACAUGAAUGCUAACAAAGGCGACGAUACUAAGUGCGUGAUAUUACUUUCCAAUAUGACUGCGUACAUUCCGUUUAUCAACGCAUUACGCCAGAACGUGCGCGCGCGUUACACAGUAGACCAUGCAGCCGAAAUGCGACAGUGCGACCCUGCCAGGAGUCGAACCUGGAAUCCCCUGAUUCGUAGUCAGAUGCCUUAUCCAUUGGGCCACAGGGCGAUGCUUAUGACUUCGCCCCAUCGUUAUUUUGGCUUGCGCAUUCGUUUUACUUACGACAGAAUUCUUCGUGUUUGUAGCCAUGAAAGAAAGGGACUUCUGUGAGUGAAUUUUUUUACUGUGGUCUAAUAAAAAAGUCGAAACGCAGUGCCCAAUAUAUGAAUUGCUCCUAAUAGCCGGAAACAGGCCGUGUCGAUGAUGUAGGCCGACAUACGCAACGCAAACCAAAGAACGCUUUAUGAAAAUCCUAACACGGGCGCGGAAGAAGCCCAAAUUAACAGAGUAGAUGUAAUGCUGAAGACCUCAAACUCCAGCAGCUUCUCUUUCAGACUAUUGCGUCGUGCUACAAAUAAAAAUUAACAUGCUUUCGCAUAGUCGCGGCUCCCAAAACGGACAUUAUACGAUGUACAGAAACACACAUUUCUGUUUUCGCGCCAAAUCAAUUCCCGGGAGUGGUACUUUUACGUCCGCAUACUUCGCACCGUCUUAAAUUAUAUCUCAUUUACACGGUAAUGUUUAGUAUACUUCUACUGUGAUAACAAGCAUCGUUUAUCGUUGGAUUGUUGUAAGAAAACAUUAAAAAUGAGUGAAGCAGCUUCUCCAAAGAAAAUCGCACCCAAGAAGAAACCUGCUGCAAAGAAGACAGCUGAUCACCCUAAAUAUGUGGACAUGAUCAAGGCUGCUAUCGCUACCCUAAAGGAACGCGGUGGUUCAUCUCGCCAAGCUAUUACAAAAUAUAUUCAUGCAAAUUACAAAGUUGCUGAAAACUCAGAUCAUCAUCUGAAAAUGGCUCUUAAACGAGGAGUAACAUCAGGCGAUUUGAUUCAAACUAAAGGCACUGGUGCUUCUGGAUCAUUCAAGCUAGGUCAGGUAAAAAAAGAAAAACCUAAGAAAAAGGCCGCAGCAAAAAAGCCAACGGCAAAGAAGCCUACUGCAAAGAAAAGUACACCAAAAAAGAAGCCAGCAAAGAAGAGCACGCCAAAGAAAGCAGCAAAGAAGCCUGCCACAAAGAAAGCCUCGGCUAAGAAACCAGCAGCUAAGAAACCCACAAAGAAGCCUGUUGCUAAAAAACCUGCAGCAAAGAAGGUCAAAAAGACUCCCAAAAAGGCAGCAAAGAAGACCGCAAAAAAAUAAUUUGUGUGUAUCUGGCUAUUACAUUAACAAACGGCUAUUUUUAUAGCCACACAUUUACAAAAAAACAUUAUCUUGGUACAAAGUUAAACUUGUUUAAGUCACUUAAACAGUUAAAAAAGAGUAAUUUUAAGAUUAGAUUCCC